AGGGAGGGGCCUUCGUCCAAUCGCAGCGCGACAUUACGUCAAGCCUGUUUAUUUUAACACGCAGCGUCGCGACAUCCGGACAUUCACCUCUACCGCAACAACGACGACAAGACACGACUGAGAAAACAUGGAGAAACUACACGAGAAAAUCUGACGAAGGAGACCGAAAAAUGGCGCGGACCUGCCGGAAAAUGAAGCGACAGCACGCCGAUGUAUAUCCGUCACCGACGAACACGCGAAAUCUGCUGGUUUUCGACGAGGAAUACCAGAAUACGUGAAGAGUUUCCCCAACAUCACCGCCGCAGUCCAAGAAGAGGAGGCUAAGGGGGAAGUACAAACAUGGCCACGACUGUCGGUGCCGAUAAGGGUUGCGAACGAACGGCGAUGGAGAGGUUCGGUAGCGGAGGAAUGGCGCUUCUGCCUUGGACGAAACAGAUGCUCUCCGUGAUGUGGGAACAGCUUCGGCUGCUGGUUCAGGUCAUCUAUUACACCUGUAUGUCGGUUUUCCAGAUGUUCAGGUUUGAGGUCCACGUGAGAAUCACUGACGAGACGGGCCAGCACAUCCAGCACAUGAGCACGGCAGCAAACCCGACCGAAUCAUUCCUGUUCUCCUCGUUGUUUGACGGAGACAACGGAGUCAUGGUCGGCGGUAACAGCCCCCUCUCUAACUUCUGCGCUGACGUUGGCGACCCCUUUACCGGGAAAUCCACUGCCGAGGCCCUGCUGUCCAGUUUGCGUGCUGACGACCUGUGCUGCGGACUGGUGGACGAUUUUGUGUCCAGAACAGCUGGGAAAGAAGAGGGCAUCUUUCUCGGACACCAAUCCACCUGGAAAAUGGGCUUCCCUGGUGAUUGGAACAUCUUUGUGUCGAGCAGCGACAGCUCUAGUUCAAACGAGGCUUGCCAUAAAAGUAGCGAGAAAGUCUUCAAACAGGAAACCUCAGAAGAGGAGAGAAGCUCUCACUGGAGUAGCGAGGAAGACCAGAACGUAGUAGAAUUUGACAGUGAGGAAAGUAAGGCGCUUUGGGAGUCUCUGUCAAAAUCUAGUGAUCCUUACAACCCCUUCUAUUUCUCUGCGUGUAUUUCAACAAACGCAAACAUGGGAAAAAGUAAUAGCGAAGCAAGGGACAGCAGUGAUACUGACCUUAUGCCAGUGAGCAAGGCCAGGGAGGAGAUGUUGGGGUCUCGAGGCCUGAACAUCUGGGUCAGUCGCUCCGACAGCGAGAGCAGCUGGGCCAGUUCGGACGGCUCAAGCCCCGACAUUGACAAGGAUGAGAGUGAGAGGCUUUGGGAGUUCUUCAGCAGUCCGGCAGACCCCUACAAUCCCAUGUGCUUUACUGCGUGCACGGUCAGCAGCACGUCCCUUCAAACCACCACCACCACAGUCUCUAAAGAACGGGCCUCACUUCCUGUACCCCUCUCCAAGUCAGACACAGACACUGAGGAGAAGGAAAGCAGCUUUCCUCCUUCAUCUGAGGAGGAUGAAGAAGAGCAGCUGUGGAAAUCUCUCUUCCAGAAAGAUGACCCGUACCACCCUCUCAACUUUCAGGCCUGCCUCCAGACCUCCCCAACAGCAGCAGCACUCCCGUCUGAGGAAGACCCAGACGCCCUUGAUGUCCAGCACACGAGAAAUCCACCCACGAAGGGCAAGAAUUGUGAAAAGGGGGCAAAAACACCCCGAAAAUCCAGAGCAACCAAGCCCUCUCUGCCAGAGAGGCGGUUGAAGCAUCACUCCCAUCCAGACAAAACACUGGUGCCCUGGAAAAGACCUGGGCAAAUACCUCAGUCGCCUCCAGAUGAGGCGAGGGAAAGCAAGGCCAGCACCACCCAGAAAAAGGUGCGAUUCUCUCCUCUCGUCAAAGUCCAUGUCAUGCGGACCUGGCCGUUUGCUCGACAGGCGUCUCGUAAGGGACACUGGGAGGAAAUGGCGCGAGACCGGGACCGCUUCCGGAGGCGGAUCCAGGAAGCAGAGCAGACCAUCGGCCACUGCUUCACUCGGCCCCACAGAGAGAAGAUCCGGGCGUACCUGGACGGUGCCUUGAAAUAAAUAAAAGUCCCGAACACUGAAUGUUUUAUUUCCGUUUUGGAUGAGAACUUGUGAUUGGUUGCAAUGCAACAGUGAUUUUGAUUUAGGCCAAUUAGAAAUUUGAUGUUAGGCCAAUGUUCGGUAUCAAGUUGAACAACCUUGUACCUCAAAAGGUUUUAUACAUUGUGUGACUGUUGCACUGAUUGACACUUUUCUCAUAAUAACCCUCAACAUUAAUGUGUGGAAUGUUGUUUUUGUAUGCCUUAUACACUGACCUAGUAAUGUAACUUAUUUAUGCCCUAUGGAGCUUGUCAUUUCUUUGUAGUGGGUUUAACUUCGUAUGUGUUUUUUUUAUAUGUGUGAACAAACCACAGUGGUAAAUCUAGAAGAUACAAGUAGAUAAUGAUGAUAUCAUUAAAAGCAGAGCUUUA